AUGGCCCAACAUAAAGCAUUACUCCUUUUUGAAAAGUAUGGUGAACUUGAAGUAAAUGCUUGUCCCACCCCUAUCCUGCAGAAAAUUCAAGCUCUUGUCAAGGUUAAUGCUGCUGAAAUCAACCCUGCCAAUUGGAAGGCCAAAAAUCUCCCGACCAUUCUGGGAGUUGACAGUGCUGGAAUUGUAGAAGUAGUUGGUCCAGAAGUGACCGACUUCAAGGUCGGAGAUAGAGUGUUUUCCCAGGGACUUUAUGAUAGUUCCGAUGAAACAGCAUUCCAAGAGAAAGUCAUUGUCAAGACCGAUAUCAUUUCUAAGAUCCCAGACAACAUCACUAAGGACAAAACUGGCAUCGAAGCUCCAACAAGCAGCCCUACCGCCAAUGGAAAGGGUGUUCUAAUCUUAGGAGGAAGUUCGUCCGUUGGCCAAUUUGGCAUCCAACUCGCUCGCAUUGCUGGUUUCUCACCAAUUGUCACUACUGCAUCGGCUCAGCACGCCAACUUCCUCAGGUCACUUGGAGCAACUCGUGUCUUUGACCGCAACGUGGAUACAACAACUGUCCAAUCCGCCUUCCCCACCCCUGUGUCUCUUGUUCUAGACUCAAUCUCCAUUGCUGCCACUCAGGAGUUCGCUUUUGAGGUCUUGAUUACUCAGUCUCUUGUACCGGACGCACACAUUGUACUCAUGCUCCCGCCCACCAAUUCGCUCAAGGAGAAAAUCUCUGGGGAAAAGGUUGCUGUGCAUACUGCCUAUGGUAGCUCUCAUAGGUUUAAGGACCUAACCAUGCCAUUCUGGCGAAAUAUCGAACAGUGGAUCAAGGAUGGCAAAUUUGUACCCAACCGAGUACAGGUUGUGAAGGGAGGUCUGGCUGCGCUGCCGGAGGCGAUAGAUAUCUCGCGCAAGGGUUUGAGUUGCGUAAAGAUUGUCAUUCAUUCUCAGGAGUAA